UCUCCCUCAAGCCGGUGAGCUUUGGGGAGGGGUUGAUGUAAUGCAGUGAAGUCAAAGCCCGUGGGGGGAGAAGGAGCGAAAGAGAGAAAAAGGUGGCUUGCUGGCGGGGAUGCAGAAUGGUGGCGGCGGCGGAGGCGCUUGCAAGACUGGUAGCAGAUUCCAGCGCCUGAAGAAGACUUGAAGGAGUCCAGGACCCGGCUUAAUUUGCAGUUCCCAAGACUUGAAAUCUCCCCACGCGCUCAAUAGAUUUCGCACCAGCUCCCAUUCUCUGAAGAACCCAGCUGCAACCCUGGAGGUGUUUGGGGUGGUGGUUCCCCCGCCUUACCCCACCCCUUUAGCAUUAGUGCUCGUGCUCGCCCCGGCUCCCCCGCCUAUAUCUGCCCGUCGGGUAGGGGAAGAGGUGCAGCUGGGAAUGCCUCGCCGUUGCCCCCUUCUCUGACUGGGCUGGGCUCCCUCCUCAGCCCGUGAGCAGCAGUCGCUACGCGCGCGCACAAGGUGGUCAGGCUCCGUGCCACCCCUGCCGCCUCGCCCAGCCAAGCGCCGCCGCCGCCGCCCCCCGCACCGAGAUGGCGGACCCAGCCGAAUGCAGCAUCAAAGUGAUGUGCCGGUUCCGGCCCCUCAACGAGGCGGAGAUCCUCCGCGGGGACAAAUUCAUCCCCAAAUUCAAAGGCGAAGACACGGUCGUGGUUGGGCAAGGGAAGCCGUAUGUCUUUGACAGAGUGUUACCUCCCAACACAUCGCAGGAGCAAGUCUAUAAUGCAUGUGCCAAGCAGAUUGUUAAAGAUGUCCUUGAGGGCUACAAUGGUACAAUUUUUGCAUAUGGCCAAACAUCAUCAGGAAAAACACACACUAUGGAGGGGAAGCUACAUGAUCUGCAGCUAAUGGGAAUAAUUCCAAGAAUAGCACAUGACAUCUUCGAUCACAUCUAUUCCAUGGAUGAAAACCUAGAAUUUCACAUAAAGGUUUCCUACUUUGAGAUUUACUUGGACAAAAUAAGGGACUUGCUGGAUGUUUCAAAGACGAACCUUGCAGUACAUGAAGAUAAGAACAGAGUUCCAUAUGUCAAGGGUUGUACAGAAAGGUUUGUAUCUAGUCCCGAAGAAGUUAUGGAUGUCAUUGAUGAGGGUAAAACAAACCGCCACGUAGCUGUUACAAAUAUGAAUGAACACAGUUCUAGAAGCCACAGCAUCUUUCUAAUUAAUAUCAAACAGGAGAAUGUUGAAACUGAAAAAAAACUCAGUGGAAAGCUUUAUCUGGUAGAUUUGGCUGGGAGCGAAAAGGUCAGCAAAACUGGGGCAGAGGGUUCUGUUCUCGAUGAAGCUAAAAAUAUUAAUAAGUCUUUGUCUGCUUUGGGCAAUGUGAUCUCGGCACUGGCAGAAGGAACUAAAACACAUGUCCCAUAUCGAGACAGCAAAAUGACCCGGAUUCUUCAGGACUCUUUAGGUGGUAAUUGUAGAACCACCAUUGUCAUCUGUUGUUCUCCAUCUGUCUUCAAUGAAGCAGAAACUAAGUCUACUCUUAUGUUUGGACAAAGAGCCAAGACUAUUAAGAAUACAGUCUCAGUAAAUCUUGAGUUGACUGCUGAAGAAUGGAAAAAGAAAUAUGAAAAGGAAAAAGAAAAAAACAAGGCAUUGAAGAAUGUUAUCCAGCAUCUGGAGAUGGAACUGAACAGGUGGAGAAAUGGAGAAGCUGUUCCUGAAGAUGAACAGAUCAGUGCUAAGGGCCAAAAGAACUUGGAGCCAUGUGACAAUACACCCAUCAUAGAUAAUAUUGUGCCUGUUAUUGCCAGCAUUUCAACUGAGGAGAAGCAGAAAUAUGAGGAAGAGGUUUCUAGUCUCUACAGACAGUUGGAUGAUAAGGAUGAUGAAAUUAAUCAACAGAGUCAGUUGGCUGAGAAACUAAAGCAACAGAUGUUGGAUCAAGAUGAGCUUUUGGCCUCUACUAGGAGAGAUUAUGAGAAGAUCCAAGAAGAACUAACUCGCCUUCAGAUUGAAAAUGAAGCUGCAAAAGAGGAAGUGAAAGAAGUUCUUCAGGCUCUAGAGGAAUUGGCUGUUAAUUAUGACCAGAAAUCACAAGAAGUGGAGGACAAGAUGAGAGCUAAUGAGCAGCUGGCUGAUGAACUUGCACAGAAAACAUCUACCCUGACAACUACACAGAGAGAGUUGGGGCAACUGCAAGAACUCAGUAACCAUCAAAAAAAGAGAGCCACUGAGAUCUUGAAUUUACUGUUGAAGGACCUCGGAGAGAUUGGAGGAAUCAUUGGUACUAAUGAUGUUAAAACUUUAGCAGAUGUGAAUGGUGUCAUUGAAGAAGAGUUCACCAUGGCUCGGCUCUAUAUCAGUAAGAUGAAAUCUGAGGUGAAAUCUCUGGUAAACCGUAGUAAGCAGUUGGAGAGUGCCCAGAUAGACUCCAAUAGGAAGAUGAAUGCCAGUGAGAGAGAACUUGCUGCCUGCCAGCUCCUCAUUUCACAGCACGAAGCAAAGAUCAAGUCUCUCACAGACUACAUGCAGAAUAUGGAGCAUAAGCGAAGGCAGCUGGAAGAGUUGCAGGAUUCGCUUAAUGAAGAGCUAGCCAAAUUGCGGGCUCAAGAAAAGAUGCAUGAAGUCAGCUUCAAAGAUAAAGAGAAGGAACAUUUGACUUUGCUGCAGGAUGCAGAGGAAAUGAAGAAGACACUGGAACAGCAGAUGGAGAGUCACAGGGAAGCUCAUCAGAAGCAGUUGUCCAGACUGCGAGAUGAGAUUGAAGAAAAGCAGAAAAUCAUUGAUGAGAUCAGAGAUAUGAAUCAGAAACUUCAGCUGGAGCGAGAGAAAUUGAGCUCUGACUAUGAAAAAUUGAAAGUAGAAGACCAGGAACGGGAAAAGAAGCUGGAGAAACUCAUAUUGCUCAAUGAUAAAAGAGAACAAGCAAGAGAAGACCUUAAAGGAUUGGAAGAAACUGUGGCCAGAGAACUUCAGACACUACAUAAUUUACGCAAACUCUUCGUUCAAGACCUCACCACCAGAGUAAAAAAAAGUGUUGAACUGGACAGUGAUGAUGGAGGUGGGAGUGCUGCUCAGAAACAGAAAAUUUCCUUUCUGGAAAACAACCUGGAACAACUUACAAAGGUUCACAAGCAGUUGGUACGUGAUAAUGCAGAUCUUCGUUGUGAACUCCCAAAGCUGGAAAAACGACUUAGAGCUACAGCAGAGAGAGUUAAGGCCCUAGAAAGUGCACUGAAGGAAGCUAAGGAGAAUGCUAUGCGGGACCGGAAACGAUACCAGCAGGAGGUAGAUCGUAUUAAAGAGGCUGUGAGAGCGAAGAACAUGGCAAGAAGAGCUCACUCUGCUCAGAUUGCUAAGCCUAUACGCCCUGGCCAUUAUCCAGCAUCUUCUCCAACAGCUGUUCAUGCCAUCCGUGGAGGGGGAGGAUUGUCCGGCUCAAGCUAUUACCAGACCAUGAAAUAAACACUAGAUGAGCUCAUGAUCACUUGGCAUGUGAAAAGUCAUCAUCAGUCAACUAAUGUUUCCCCCCUUUUUUGGACUGGAUCUGUACUUCUGUUAAUUGUAUGCACACUAUGGCCAUCUGCAGCGCACUGGUUUCAAAUAUUUUUCAGCAUUGUAGAAUUUCCACGUGUACAGAAGUGUGUCCAACCCAGCCCUUCUUCUGAAACUAUGUACAGUGUAUCUAUCAAAUCCACCUAAGCUAACAAAAGGAGUCUGCCACUCAAUUUCUGUCACAGAAUGACUGCAUUUGACCCCAUUGUGCCAGUUAUGUUGGGGCUUCUGAGCUGGCACUGAUGCUUUUUUUUUGGUUCUGUUUUAAGUACUCUGCUGCAUCAGUAAAAUCCUGACUCCUGGCAUCAAAGGAUUAAUCAUUCAACCAACAGGUGCCAUCAAAAAGAGGUGAUUGUGUUCCAUUAUGACUUUCUGAUUUCCUGUAUAAUAUGCAUAUUAUUUUAUAUUUCUAGAGGAUGACAGUUUAUGGUGUUAUGGUUUAAAAAAUAAACAUGCUUUCAAAAUGAAAAGUUCCCCAAAGAUGCAUUUUUAAUAUCCAGUGAAAUCUUUGGUCUUAUAUUUAAAAGGAAACAAAAACCAGAAUCAUUAGUACACUUCUUUGGUAGAGAUUAAACUCUAGGGAUGUAGAUAAAUGUUAUAGUGCUGCUCUAGAUUUUGAAGUUCAACAGUCAUGUGGGAGCAUCAUAAUCAUGAAGUUUAACAUCUGAUCUCCCUGUAAUUAACAAGUACAUUGGCCAGGUUCUGAGAUAGCCAUGUAGAUGCAUAGUUCUAGUUAAAAUGAAACAGAAAAAUUGUAAGAGCAAACUUAAACAUCUCUGUCCUCAUAACUCAAUUUCUUCAGUAUUUUGACUGUCAGGUCAAAAAUAUGAGCUGAAAAUCUGCCACACUUCAGGCUGUUGAGAGGAAAUAGGUAUGCAUGCUUAGUAUGCAGUACAGGAAAAUAAAAUGAUGUUGGAGGAUAUCUUUUUGUUAAAAUAAGUUAAGAUGCAUUUAUAACAGUAUAUGCUGGAACUGAACAAUAUGCAAGUCUGCCUAGGGAUAGUAUAGUUUAAGCUCAUUCAGCCAGUAGUGAGACUUUUUGGAUUAUCUUUGAAUGAUAAACAUGGGAUGUCAGAUUUUUACUUUAUUUUAGUGGAAGGCAAACAAAACUAUAGAAAAUGUAGGUAGGUAGACAGACAAGUCUCAGAUCUGUUGCUUUAUAUGUCUGUCAUGUUUCCUUCAGAUGUCACAUAUGUACAUUUACAACCAUGCCCAUUAAAAUAUAUUGUUUCUUGAAAUAAAUGUGUUUCAAAGUGACAGAGUUGGAGUUUAUACUCCUUCAAUCUUGUUUGCUGCUAUUAUUUUAAUUAAGGGUAAGUUUGAGGCUUUUGAAUCUGUUUGCCUGACAGACUUAUUAAAAACUAGUUGGCUGUAAAGCCUUCCUAAAGAUUGUGAAUUGACUUCAAGCCUUUUCUGUUGAUGUUGUUUAGAAGCUCUCAACUGUAGCAAAGAAGAUUGGAUUUUGUUUUAUUUAUUAAGGGUUGCACUUUUUGUGGGGGUUGGGAAAGAGUUUUUGUUACAUAUUUAAUAAAGAUUGCAAGGGUUUUUUGCAUUAAUUUAAGGGUUUUUAAAAACAUUUUUUCUUAAUACACAUUUAUAUGCACUACCAGCAAAUUGAGAGUGAGAAUUUGCCAUAUCCAAACCCUAUUUUUAGAUUAAAAUAGCCAACCUGUUAGUUAUUUAUAUCUGAAAUCUGUAUUAACAAAACAAAACAAAAACCUCCUCUUUUUUCUGUUAAUAAAGCAGUUGUUUAAGUGCCAGCUUGCAUGUCAUGAUAACUGAGAGGAAGUUGCAUCAAACUGUCUCUUUAUGGCAAAAAGUGGUUCCUUAUGUUCCAGAAGUGGUUGUAACAUUUGCAAUGCUUUACAAGAUAGAUGUUUGUAUUGGGUAGCAGAAUGAUGGCUGGUGGCAGUAUGGAAGUUUAGUGUGACAUACACAGUGUUCCUUACUCUAGACUAGCAGGGGUAGGCAACUACAAUUCUCAUCAUCCCCAGCUACAAUGUAUUGUGGCUGGAGAUGAUGGAAGUUGUAGUUCCACAAUAGCUAGAGAGCCAAAGUUGCCUACCCUAUUCUAGAACAAGUCUUACCAUACAACUCUUUGCUAUGCAGUCCUUGCUCUAGAGAAGAAUAAGACUCCUUGUUCCAAAGUAAAGAAAUCUGUAUGUCACCCACCUGAAAUGAAGGUGAGCUACACGGGGACUCAUUGUAAACCAGGGCUGCACAACUUUGGCCCUCCAGCUGUUUUUGGACUAUCAUUCCCAGCCAUGGUGACCAACAGCCAGGGAUAAUGGGAGUUGUAGUCCAACAUCUGCAAGAAGGCCAAAGCUGUACAGCCCUGUUCUAAAUGUUAUAGCUGCCAUAAACAGCAUCUGCCACAUGCAGGCUCUUUCAAGCAGCUCCAUGUGGCUAUCCUAAUGUAAAUGUACAGACCAGCUUUUAGAGGAGAAUGCACACAAUUCAUUAAGUAUUCUUCUCAUUAAGUAGCUUUUGUAUACCGCUUACUUUAAUUUCCCCCUUAAAAAAAAUAUUUCUCAAGUUAUAUAUAUCAAGAUGGUUAUUAAUGGAGAUGAGCACCACCCAUUGAGCACUGUACUUUCCAUUGGAAUGAAAGGGAAUUUCGGUACAGUGCUGACUCUAGGCCAGCAUUAGAAGUUUUGAGCUUUUCUUGUUCUGCAUAAGAGAGUGCCUGUCUUGAACUUCCUGGGGAGAUCAGCCAUGAUGCCUGCUAAAAGGAUAAAAUUCCUGAUAUCUUUCAAAAAUAGCUAGUUGCUGAUCAGCCAGUCAGUUCAUCUAGCUUGACCUCUUGGCUGAGGCCUCAGGGUUGGCUUUUCCAUUGUAGUUCAAAGUUCAGAUUCUCUUCUGAACUGCUAAAAAAUGUAUUUUAAACAUUCGGGUUUGAGGAUUGCAGUAUAAAAUGUCCACACAUUUUGAUCUUGUUGCUGUUGGUUUUAUUUUAAUUUUAAUUUUCAGUUAGUGACUUCAUAAUGUUAGAGUUGUGGAUCUAAUUUUACAAGCAUGGUUUUAAUUGCACCUUACAGCACUAUUUUUGCAGUAUUUUUGUACACUGAACUGAAAUCUCACCUCUGCUACUUGGACCCUAAAAAUUGGUAUUAUGUGGAGUUCCACUCUGAGCCUUUCUCUCUCUUUGUUUUAUGUUCAAACUGGUAUCUUCAGCUUGAAAAAAUGUUUAACAGCCGGUGAUGGGGGGCCUUGCAUCAAAUUAUUCACAAGUUAAAAUGUACCCUAUACUAGUUGGAAGCAAUUGUAAUGUAGAAUUUUGUUUUGCUAUUGAUUUUAAUUGUUUUAUUCUACUGUCAGAUUUGUCACUUUCCUAACUACUUGUAUACAGAUACAUGUUUGUUUUAGUUUUUACCUUUUGCCAAUGAGAAAAAUGGCAAGGUGAUGACUAUGGCCUGGUUUGGACAAUUCAACAAACAAUAGAGAAACAAGCCUGCACACUCCUUCCCUAUCUCCCCUCCUCACCUUACGCAUAAAGCAAAUUGGGCCUUUCAAACCACAGCUCUUUGUUGUCUGAACCCUGGAGCUGUGGUUUAACUGUGGCUUACAAUCGAGGAUAUGAAGCCAGGAUUUGGUCUUGGCUUAAUAUCCUGAUCUGUAGAGCAUACACUCAGGUGUGGGCAACAUGUACAAUUGUGGUUUAUCAAACCAGGAUUCAUUCAUGCAUAAGGAGUACAGGAGGAAAUGUGCAGGCUCAGCAUUCAUUUGGCUCAUGUUCCUGAUCCAGCAAAUUAUGGACCGUUGAAUCAUUUGAAUCAGGCCAGAUUAUCCUGAAUCUAGUGUAUUCAAACUAUAGUACUGAAAAGCUGCCAAGUUUCUGAAACACUCCUGUAUAAUAUACCCGAAUGAAUGAAAAAUGUAUUAAAUGUGAAAAUUGAUUUAUUUCAUAAUUAAUCUCUGAAUGGAAAACAACCUCCUCCUAAAAAGUACAAUUGGAAAUUUAAUAUUUAAACUGAGGCUUUGAUUACGGUGUAUAUCACUGCUCUUGGAUAAUCUCCAUCCACUUCUGUGAGGUUUUGUGGGGGGGGGGGUUGUGUGGUAGCAGUGUACAUUCUACUGCUGAUAGAUUAAGCUCCAUGCCUUAAUACUCUUUGGGGCAAGGGGAAUUUAAAGAAAAAAUCUAAAAAAUAUAAAGUAGCCCUCUGCAUCAGAACGGUGCAAUGAUACCUACAGGAUACUGUCUCCUUGGAUAACUAGCUUGAUUUAAUGCUUUUAUUAAGAAUAAUACAUUGGACAAAUGUUGAUUUAAACAGCUGAAUACAAGGAUUACCACUUCCAAGUUUGUGUCUUGCUUCUAAAUACUUCUGUGUCUGUGAUUUUGAAAAACUUUUUAAUAGUGGAAGAACAGUAGGGAUUCAGGCAUUCCGUAGAAGUAUACAUGUCUAGUUUGUAAAGUGUGUAAUGUGUACUACAGAUGUGUAUUAUUUGGGAUCUAUGUAUCUGUACAGUAGAUUGUUUUAGGGAAAAAAAUGAAAUGUGGAUAUACUUCUGAUGGUUACAAUCUGGGAGGAAAUUGCCACUAUUAUCACAGAUGCUGUAAUAAGCUCUAUCACAGCAGACCUUAACCUCCCCUCCCUUCCCCAUGGAUAAGUAUUUCAAUCUUGGUUCUAAAAUACUAUCUAUUUAAAAUGUAUGAAUACACUGGCAGACUGCAUGAUGUAUCAUCCAAAAACUGUUAAAGUGGAAAUAAAAUUGAAAUAAACUUUAUCUUGUAAGUCG